GACAUCGGAGCGGUAUAUGAGGCAAUGCGAGCGCGCAGAGUCACUUUCUCCCUCUCCGUUUUAAGAUGGACGGAACCGAGAGCCACCGGCGGAACUGCGCGACUCAGGAGCCGGGGGUCCGAGACCGGAUGCUGGACUCGGCCGAAAAUGAGCCGGAUAAAGAAAGGGUUACUCUGAAGAAGGAAAUUGGUCUUCUAAGCGCCUGCGCCAUUAUCAUAGGUAACAUCAUCGGCUCAGGGAUCUUCAUCUCCCCCAAGGGUGUGCUGGAGCACGCGGGCAGUGUGGGCUUCUCCCUGAUCGUGUGGGUGCUGGGCGGGGGCAUCUGUGCGCUGGGCUCCCUUUGCUACGCGGAGCUGGGGGUCACCAUCCCCAAGUCAGGGGGAGACUACUCCUACGUCACCGAGAUCUUUGGAGGACUGACGGGGUUCCUGCUCUUGUGGAGUGGUGUUCUCAUCAUGUACCCCACCACCCUGGCUGUGAUCGCUCUCACCUUCUCUAACUACGUGCUGCAGCCUGCCUUCCCCGCCUGCCUCCCGCCAUACAUCGCCACCCGCAUGCUCUCGACCACCUGCGUCUUGUUCCUGACGUGGGUGAACUGCUCUAGUGUCCGCUGGGCCACACGCAUCCAGGACUUCUUCACUGUGGGGAAACUCCUGGCCCUCUGCCUCAUCAUUAUAGUGGGGCUGGUGGAAAUCUGCAGAGGUCACUAUGGUGCGCUGCGCCCGCAGAAUGCCUUUGAGUUCAUCAGGGACCCGUCCGUGGGGCAGAUCGCGCUGGCCUUCCUGCAGGCCUCCUUCGCCUUCAGCGGCUGGAACUUCCUCAACUACGUCACCGAGGAGUUGGUGGAGCCGCGCAAGAACCUGCCGCGGGCCAUCUACAUCUCCAUCCCCCUGGUGACGCUGGUGUACACGCUCACCAACAUCGCCUACUUCACCUCCAUGAGCCCCGAGGAGCUGCUGGCCUCCAACGCCGUCGCCGUGACCUUUGGAGAGAAGCUGUUGGGAAUGUUUUCCUGGAUCAUGCCCAUUUCAGUUGCACUGUCCACAUUUGGAGGCAUCAAUGGUUAUCUCUUCACCUCAUCAAGGUUGUGUUUCUCCGGGGCUAGAGAGGGUCACUUGCCUCAGCUGCUGGCCAUGAUCCACGUGAAGAACUGCACCCCCAUCCCUGCGCUCAUCGUCUGUUGCAGUGCCACUAUCCUGAUCCUGUGCAUCGGUGAGACUCAUGACCUCAUCAACUACGUGUCGUUCAUUAACUUCCUGUCCUACGGCGUGACCAUCGCGGGCCUGCUCUACUACCGCUGGAAGAAGCCCAACCUCGUGCGGCCCAUUAAGGUGAGCCUGCUGGUGCCCCUGAGCUACCUGCUGUUCUGGGCGGUGCUGCUGCUGUUCGCCCUGUACUCGGAGCCGGUGGUGUGUGGCAUGGGCCUGGUCAUCAUGCUCACCGGGGUGCCCAUCUACUUCAUAGGGGUCUACUGGCAGAGCAAGCCCCAGUGGAUAUACUCCAUAGUGGAGAGGGCGACGUACGUGGGGCAGAAGCUGUGCUACGUGGUGUUCCCUCAGGAAGAGCUCACCGCCCCCUUGGAGCAGGAAGAGAAAUCUGAGCUGUGAUUGGCCAGCUGGAACCCCUCCCCUCCCCCCGUCCUCUCCUCCUCUCCUCCCCUCCUGCCUCCUCCUUAUUCUGCUGCCCACCUCCUGAGAU